GGAGGGAAAGGGGGCACGGAGGGAGGGCGAGGUGGGCUGUCCCCGCCGGCGCCAUGUGAUGCCCUCUCCUCCCCGGGCUCUCCCGGCCCUCCCCGGCGCGGAGCGGAGCGGAGCGGAGCGGAGCAUCCCCGAGGCCGCCGGCCGCGGUGCCGCUUUUAGGGCUGGGUCUUCCAGGCGCGAAGCAGCUGAGGUUCCUCGGCGGUGUCCAGAGAGUGGCUCUGACCUGCAGCAUCGCUGUCCCCACCGCUGUCCCCACCGUGUCCCUCGCACCCCCCAAACCUCCGUGGGGGAGAGGACAACAGAGGAGGCCUCGCCAGAGGUGGUAGGUGGUCUGCGUGGUGGAGGGUAGGAGCUGCCGGCGCGUGGAUGCGGAGCCGUGCCCGCCAUCCGCCUGUCCCUGCGUCCCAGCCUCGUGCAUCCCUCGUGUGAGUCGGUCGGAGGCGGAGAGCCGAGGCUGCGUCCUCUCCUACGGUCCAGGAGCUCUCCCGUGCCCGCUGCCAAAGCCACCCCGCUCCCAGCUCCUCCCAGAGCCGUCCAGCAGCCGAAACAUCCAUCGAGGACCCUCCUCGCUGUGACCCUUGCCUCGCGGUCGGUCUGCCAGAACGUGAGCUUCCCACCUUCGCAGCCAACGUCGCAGGUUUUCCGCUUCCCAAAGCGUCGCUUCAGCUGGGAUUAAAAGAGCUCGACCUACAUAAGCAAUUAAGGGCAGAGGGCAAAGCUUUGACACAUCCGUUCCCCCAAAAAGCCGUAGACGGCUCCGUGCUGACGGCCGCGUCCCCUCUCCCGGCAGCCGUCCCCAUCCCAGCCUCGGUCCUUUAUGCUGUUGGGAAUGAGCGCCUGCGGCAGGAAGGCGCUGACCCUGCUCAGCAGCGUGUUCGCCGUCUGCGGCCUCGGCCUCCUGGGCAUCUCCGUCAGCACCGACUACUGGCUCUACCUGGAGGAGGGCAUCGUCCAGCCCCAAAACCAGACGGCGGAAAUCAAACUGUCGCUGCAUUCGGGGCUCUGGAGGGUCUGCUUUCUGGCAGGUGAAGAGCGUGGCCGGUGCUUCACUAUCGAAUACGUCAUGCCCAUGAACAUCCAGCUGACAUCCGAAUCCACAGUCAACGUCCUGAAGAUGAUCCGCUCGGCCACCCCCUUCCCUCUGGUCAGCCUCUUCUUCAUGUUCAUCGGCUUCAUCCUGAGCAACAUCGGCCACAUUCGGCCUCACAGGACCAUCCUCGCUUUCGUCUCGGGGAUAUUCUUCAUCCUGUCAGGUCUGUCCCUGGUGGUGGGGCUGGUCCUCUACAUAUCCAGCAUUAAUGACGAGAUGCUGAACAGGACCAAGGACUCGGAAACGUUCUUCAAUUACAAAUACGGAUGGUCGUUUGCCUUCUCUGCCAUCUCGUUCCUUCUCACAGAGAGCGCCGGGGUGAUGUCCGUUUACCUGUUCAUGAAGCGAUACACGGCCGAGGACAUCUACCGACCUCACCCCGGCUUCUACCGUCCCCGUCUGAGCAACUGCUCCGACUACUCGGGGCAGUUCUUGCACCCGGACGCGUGGGCGCGGGGACGCAGCCCUUCGGAUAUCUCCAGCGAGGCGUCCCUGCAGAUGAACAGUAACUACCCGGCUCUGCUCAAGUGUCCCGACUACGACCAGAUGUCCUCGUCCCCGUGCUGAGCCCCGCCACCCCUGCGCCCGCUCCCACCCGAGCGCCCACACUCGCCGCGUCCUGGCUCCGUUUGUCAUUUAUUUUUUAGGCCACUCUUUCAGGGCAAUUCUCUAUUUAUAGGAGCGUAAAUAUAACCAGGGAGAUUGGUUAUAUAACCAAUAAUGUAACCUAGAGAAUUGGGAUAUUUUCCUUUCUUUGGUUUUUGGGGGUUUUUUUUAUUAUUAUUAUUAUUCCCUGCAUAACUAAAAAUCUCUCCAAAGUCCUCUUCUUUCAGCUCAUCCCGCUGAGCAAACAGCAGUUCUGCCUGGGGGAUAAAUCCAGGGCUGGACUUGAGAGCAGAAAAAAGAAAAUAGAGUAGAACUAAGGAAAAAAAAAAAAAAAAAAAGUGGGUUUUUUUUUGGUUUAGGUAGGCUGCAAAAGUUUGUGCAUUUGCCUGUAUCAUUUAAUUAUAAGUUUACUGGCCUAAGUGCCUGCAGGCAUAAAAGAUUUGUGUAAAUUUCCAAGAAAUAGCCAUUAUUAGAAAAAUAUAAAUUUUGUCUUGAUUCAAUAUUUACUGAUCGAUAUAUCUCUUUGCUGGAUAUCACUUUUAACCAGGCUGUAACGGGAAAUAGCCAUCUUUCUCCUCUAUACCUCAGCAGGCUUAGACACAAGCGGGUGGUUGUUUCUCUAUGGCCACUUGCAAACUGUUGCUUAAAUAUCCCGUGUUAGACUGGAGGCAUUAGAGCCCUGGGGUGUCUGGGCUGUUGGGGUGGCUCAGGCACCCACCCUUCCUUCGCCAUCCCAUAGACUGGAAGUCUGAAGAGUGACUGGGAGAAUUUCAGUGCAGCGUUGAGUGGGAAACUACCUAAAAUCUUCCCAUAGGAAACAUUAGGCGCAGGACUUAGGGGAAAUUAUGGCCAGAAGUGCAAGUUACUUUGGUGAAAGGCAAGAUCCCAAAUCGGUGUAAAGUGAUGUAGUUGAAAUUAAUGGCACUAGUCCACUGUAGCAAAGUAGUUGGCUUAUAUUUCAUUUUGACAAGAAAGUGGUAUUUUAGCUGCUUUUUUUGUGUGUGCAUGAACCUUAUUUUGAGGUUUUCAGUUUUAAAAUUUCAUAUGAUGCUUUGGCAUUUUGGUCUUAGAAGACUUGACAGCUGCCAGGGUGAGCGCAUCACUCUGAUUGAAAAUGAAGGGCAGGGAGGAAAAAGCCGUGCUCCCUCGUGCGCUCCUGUGCAAGCCGUGACCUUGUCCCCUCGCAGGAGAAAGAGCUUUGUCCAAACUUUGUUUCUGUUCUUGUUAUUUUAAACCUUUCUGAAAAUUUCCUUUCUGUAAAACAAAACCUUCCAGGGAUUCUUGGUAUAUUUGAGCUUGUUUUGUCUUACUGUAGUUGAAACAAAUAGAAUAUACGCACUUUUAACCUCAUUUGUAGCAUACCAUGUAAUGAAUGUUACAGCUCUUUUUAAUUAUUUAUUAUUUAUUUAUCAUGUAUUAUUUAUAAACUAUUCCAAAAUAGGGUCCAAGUCCUGGUGCAGCACCACUACUUGCGUCAACUCUGAUGCCCAUCCUGUGGGACCCCGUGUAUAUCCAGCCAACUCUUGAACAGGAUUAUUUCCUCUCCAGUCUCUUCAGAUGAGCAAGUAAUGUAUAUCUAGUGUCACUGAUUCCUAAUUUGCUAUGUUUUAAAACCAGGGCAUCUUUUUGUAUACACAGUAGUAUUUACCCUUAGUUUUUGUAUUACCUUCAAGCAUCUGUUUUCUCAUUUUAAAACCCAGUUUGUAAGUGCUGUGUGACAGGUUCACUGCUGGGAAGGUUUAAGCAUUAAAGCAUAAACCAGCCCCACUAUCCAGCGAUAAAGCUUGCUGGCCCUUAUCUGUUCACCCCAGCCAGAUAAACCAUCAGUUUUCUGCUGGGAUCUCUAUGUUCAGUGGGAAUUAUGCUCCAAGAAAGCACUGGAGUUCACACAUCAUGAUCUUGCAUUUGCAGAGCCCAAUCUAAUUUGCUGGGUUUGAUGUUAGCGGUUUCUGGGGGCUCAGACACAGUUGCCUUUGCAUCCUCCCCGUGAUGGAUCCUUUAUAUUCUCAGCCCUUCUUGGAAGAGGAAACCUUCAGGAUCACCAAAAUCACUGAUGCUCAGAGGCGCGAGGGCUGUCCCACACAGCUACGUUCUCCCACGCUGGGGAGUCAUUUAGUGCAGUUAAUCCUGUGCAGCAUCGUGAGACGUCCCUGUCCCCGAGUGGAAUUUUCCUUUGUACUGAUUAAAUACAGAAUAAUUCAUUUUAUAAAUUAAAAUGUCUGCCUACAUAAGCAGAAGAAAUGGGAAAAAAAAAAAAAAAUUCAUACCUUCCUCAAGGCCCCAGAAGGUUUAGCAGAAUCUAGGGGCAAAUUAGGAAAGUAAUUAUUUCAAUUCGUUGGAGAGAUUCUCAUCAUGUGGCUGCAUUUGUGAGCCCAGGAGUUCACACGUUCACCCAGUGAGCACAAGCCCUUUGUAAGUAAGUGCAGAACUGCCGAAAGAAAUCUGUCAAAAUAAGUGUUUGCUGUCGGUUCAGUAAAUGCUGAUUUGGGGCAGGAAAAUGUGGUGCUUGGUAAAGCACGGGCAACAGUGGUUGUGCCACCGGGUGGUGUUGCUGUCCCUCUAACAGUGCCCGGUGUGGCAGCAGCUCUUGGCAUGGAUGACUGUGGGCCUCUAAAUGCAAAUAUCACACUUUCCUUGACCGGGGAGAAACUUCUCCAGAGCCUCUGAGGCACGGAGACAUGAGUGUGGCGUGGGCGAAGUGGUGGGGCGAGCUGCGGAGCCACCCUGCGAGGUCCUUCUCCCCCCAAGCAUCAUCCUGUGGUUGAUGUUCUCCACAGCGAUAAAUGCUCAAUAAAUAGAUGUAGUACCCUCUUAGGACACCUAUUCAUCAUUUAAACACCUCUCCUAGUCAUCUGGCAUGGUUUCACCCCACCUUAGUCUCUGUUACACCACAUCCUUCCCUCCUUGAGUAACACCGCCCAGUUGCCUCCUUUGGGCUCUCUCCCACCCCUGUUUCAGUGCUGGCAUCCCGCUGUGUUCUUUCUGUGUCUGUUGCUUGGAUUGUGAUAAAUAAAAAGUGAAGCUUGAAGAUAAACUAGCAAUUAAAUUACAGGUUUAACCCCUA